UCGUGUAGUACACACAAUGGCAACGUUGAGAGCAUUUACAGGUCUCAUAACAAUAGCCGUUCUUCUUCGGGCUGCAUUGGGAGCAGAUCAUGUGGUCGGAGGUGCUGGUGGCUGGGAGCUAACCACCGACCUGAGCUCAUGGGCAUCGGCUGAAACUUUUAAAACUGGCGACACGCUCACUUUCUCAUAUGGAGCUCAGCACUCGGUAAUCGAGGUACCAAAAGCCGACUACGAUUCAUGCUCCUCCACGAACGCAAUAAACAGUUACACCGACGGCAACACCGUCAUCAAGCUCUCCUCCCCGGGUACAAGACACUUCAUCUGUGGAACCGCAGGGCACUGCAUUGUACUUUGCUGA